AUGUUUACACUGUACAAACUAUCUCAUGCACCUGGGACAUCAGAUAGAACGCAUUUAUUGGAGCUGGUAAAAGACCCCGAGAUUGUUUGGGACGUGGACACGCUCUGCGGUGAAUCACAAGUUACGAUGCUGUGGCACACCAUUGAGAGGCGUGACACUGAGAUGGCUCGUUUGUUGAUUGAAAAAGGGGCGUGUGUUGAUUACGCCAAUGAUUGUGGGCGAUAUACAUCUAACUCGUGUGAGAUGGUUGACUUGCUUCUAGAGAAGCGGGCAUGUGUCGACACAAUCGACGUCAAUGGUAAUAGCCCUCUGUACUCGAUACUGGAGAAAAGGUGUGAGAAAUGUACCCUCGCCAUCCUAAAGACCGGGGCAAAACCCGUUGACAAGCCACAUAGUAUAACAAACCUGAAAAGAGCACUAAACUGGGAGAAUGUUAGUGUUGACGUGGUGAGGAUACUGUUGCAGCGUGGCGCGGACGUACGCAAUCUCAAAUUCAAGUUUAAAUCGAACUACACACCUGUCGAAAUGGAUGUUGCCCGCCUUUUAUUUCAAAUGGGGAACAUGUCGGAGGACGAUCUAACCGAUAAUCCCGGCCAUCACAGACUACUUCGCAUUUGA